GCUGGAUCUCACAGGCUCUUCACCGGAAGGCAGCGCGAUGCCUUCCUUAGACAUCACGCUGCCUUCCAUGCCCAUCGGGUCCCACCUACAGCCGCAUUGGGGACCCGAUGGCACCGCCCGAUCGCCACUGCAAACCGCAUGACCCCAUCCCCCGGCAUUGUGAAAGGAUGCCCACUGAAUGCUUUCAGCGGGCAUCCUGUCAAUUAACUCCCGCUGCGCCGCAAUCUUACCGGACUCGGGAAACGGGGCGUACCGGUACUUCCUACAUCCUUAAGGGGUUAAAAACGGUCCUAUUGAUUUCAAUAGGUCCGUCUGACAGCGAAAACGGCCCAAAAUAGGAAGCUAUUCACUGGCAUUUAAAAGAACGGCCAUGUGAAUAGCCCCACAGACUUUCCUUGGUGCUAAAAAUGGCUGUGUGAUGGCUAUUAUUCACUGUCGUGUGCAUGAGGCCUAAAAGUGAUGCUCACAGAUGGGUUAUUCUUCAUUUCUCUGAGGGACCGGAUGUGAAUGGCUGCCAUCAGUCUCCACACAUCUAGACGUAUCUUGCUAGCACUGCCCAUACUCCGGUGACAUGCACAGUGCAUAAUCCCAGACCCUAAACCCCCUGUCAUGUAACGGAACGUGACGGAUAACUUUCCCCGUCCUUCCCGCGCUCACCGCCGUCGCGGCCUCUCCUCACUCAGUCCCUGCGUGCGUCAUUCCGUACGAAACGCCGCUGACGUCAUCACGGCUCCAGCUACGCUUCGGUCACAAGGAGGAGCUGUGCUCUCGGUGGAGCUGAGGGAGGGUCACGAACUCUGACCCGCCGGGAACCGAGUGCAGCCCAUAACGGAGUUUUCGUCGCCUGGCAGCAGUGGUCCGCGGUGUUUUCCCGGUCGCAGCUCGGAUGCGGACCCAAACCUCGGUCGUGUGCAUAAGGACUUAACCUCUCACUGUGUAAUUGCACUCUGCUCCCGACAAACCACUAUAAAGCAUGGAGGAGAAAUCUUUCAUAAAUUAUUCAGCCACCUCUCCUCUGCUCCUCCGGACAGCCCAGAGCGCACUCAGCUAGCUGACAAAGUUUUUCACAGGCUUAUACUUGGCACAAAACUGGAUGUCCUAAAGAACAUCUUUAAUUCCAAAGGUUUUUCAGUGAAGACAGAUCAUGGCGUCUAUAGAAGAAAUAGCCCACCAAAUUAUCGAACAGCAAAUGGGAGAGCUUUCUCGCUCACAGACUGAAGUAACGCAUACUGCAUUGGUGGAUGGAAAUACCCAAAGGAUACAGCUUAUUCCAUCAGAUUCAAGUGUUUCCAUACCUCACCGAAUACAGCUUGUCACAGAUCAGCAGACGGGUCAGAAAAUUCAGAUUCUUACAGCAGUUGAUCAAAGUGGGACAAGCAAAAGGUUCAUUUUGGCUAAUAGCGAUGGCUCAUCUCCAAGUAAAGUGAUCCUUGCAAGGCAAGAUGGCAGUCAAGGCAAGGUAUACCUUACAACUCCUGACGCUGCUGGUGUCAAUCAGCUAUUCAUCUCAAGUCCUGAUGUUUCUACACAGCACAUUCAGAUAUUGUCAGAUGCCCAAUGUUUAGACCAGAAUUUAAACAAACCAGUAGUGGAUCUUUGUGUGGUCUGUGGCGAUAAAGCUUCAGGGCGCCAUUAUGGGGCGGUAACGUGUGAGGGCUGCAAAGGUUUCUUUAAAAGAAGUAUUAGGAAAAACCUGGUUUAUACAUGCAGAGGAUCGAAAGAUUGUGUUAUUAACAAACACUACCGCAACAGAUGUCAGUAUUGCCGACUACAAAGGUGUAUUGCACUUGGGAUGAAGCAAGAUUCUGUGCAGUGUGAAAGAAAACCUAUUGAAGCUGCUAGAGAAAAAUCAACAAAUUGUGCUGCAUCCACAGAAAAAAUCUACAUUCGGAAAGAUUUGCGAAGUCCUCUGGCUGCAACAACAACUUUUGUUUCUGACAACAAACCCAUAAGGUCAAACAAUUUGUUGGAUUCUGGAAUGUUAGUGAAUAUACAGCCUUCUGGAAUUAAAACUGAGCCCAUGCUAAUAACACAUGAAAACCAAGUCGAAGCCUGCCAGGGAGAUUUAAGCACCUUGGCCAAUGUUGUCACAUCACUUGCAAAUUUUAGCAAGACAAAAGAGACGUCUCAGUCCAGCACAGAACUCUCUGCUGUGGAAAGUCUGAGUAAUGGUGAUACGUCACUCUCCGAACUUCCGCAAGAUAAUCAGUCCAACAAUGAAGUCACCAGAGCCUUUGAUACACUAGCAAAAGCUCUUAACCCGUCUGAAAGCUCUUCCCAGGACUUGUCAGAAAACAUUGAAUCUAGCUCUAACCUCUUUCAAGACAUUGGAGUUGUUGAAAUGGAAGGACCCCUUCUUAGUGAUUCCCACAUAUCCUUCAAGCUGACAAUGCCUUCCCCAAUGCCUGAAUACCUGAAUGUGCACUAUAUCUGUGAAUCAGCAUCACGGCUGUUAUUCCUGUCCAUGCACUGGGCCCGCUCUAUUCCCUCCUUCCAAGCUCUUGGGCAAGAGGUCAGCAUCUCUCUAGUGAAAGCUUGCUGGAAUGAGCUGUUUUCGCUUGGUCUUGCUCAGUGCUCCCAAGUGAUGAAUGUGUCGACUAUACUAACAGCGUUUGUUAAUCACCUGCACGGCAUGCAGCAUGAUAAACUUACUGGAGACAAAUUAAAGUUGGUGAUGGACCACAUCUUUAAACUUCAAGACUUCUGCAAUAGCAUGGUUAAACUUGGACUUGAUGGGUACGAGUAUGCCUACCUGAAAGCAAUUGUCUUAUUUAGUCCAGAUCACCCUGGAUUGGAAAAUGCAUUGGAUAUUGAAAAACUCCAAGAAAAAGCCUACAUGGAAUUCCAAGACUAUGUCACCAAAACAUACCCAGAUGAUACCUACCGGCUUUCUCGGCUCUUACUGCGGUUGCCAGCCCUGAGACUAAUGAGUGCUGCCAUUAUGGAGGAGCUCUUCUUUGCAGGCCUAAUUGGCAAUGUACAGAUCGAUAGUAUUAUUCCAUAUAUUUUGCGUAUGGAAAACGCUGACUACAACAGCCAGAUUGUUGGAGUCAAUGUAUAGCAUAUGUCUGACAUACAAAAAAGGACUUGGAAAGCAUUUUAUUCUUGAUUUCCUUUUAGAAAGAAGAUGCACAAGAUAUUGAAGGAUGUGUAAAAGUUUGCUUAAAUAUCUUCAAGUAUCUUUUGUCUUUUCUGUCAAUAGAUUAAUUGUGCCUUUUUGGCACGGUGUAUAUAUUACCAAAUAUAUAUAUAUAUAGAGAGAGAGAUAUGUUUAUAUUGUUGUGAAUGGCCUAUGGCUACCUAGUCAGAUAUAUUGAAAGCAGUGCUUUUUACCCUCCCCCAGAGUAUCAUGUUAUGGUACGCUGCAGUAUGAUUUGUUAUAAUGAACUCCUGUUUUUAUUGCAGUUUUGUGUUGCGUGCCUUGCCUGGAUGCUUUCUAAGCUGUGCAGCAGGUUUGCAAGUGACCUAAGCUUAUUUUAUACAUUCAGACUGUUUGAACAGUCUAAACUAGAAGCUUUUUUUUCUUUUUUCUUUUUUUAAAUUUAAUGAAAACCUUGUACGUAUUCUCUAAGAAUCACAGUACUAACAUAAAAGAAAUAUUCUUCAUGUCAAAGGAUUUCUUCUUGUUCCUGCAUGGAAUAAAAAUGCAUUUCCAUAUUUUAUGGUCUUUGUGACAUUAGUAGUAUAUAAGUCUCAGAUUGUAAUAUAUUUAAAGAUUAUAUUCAUUUUCUUAUAUUGCCAGCAGGGUUCUGAAAAAAGCUAUGUUUUAUUCCAUGAGGAUUUAUUAAGAGUACCCUUUCAUUUGCUUGUUUCUGUAGUAAAGAAAGAUGGGUUUUUCACAAUGUUUUCCAUUUGUAGGUGGUGCUGUUUAAUCGUGUUAUAGUUUCCUACAGCCCUUGUGAAUAUGUAACAUUAAUGGUGUUGUGCAGUGGCUUAAUAGUGAUGACCUAUCCCCAGGAUCAGUAUCGGAUCAGCAGGGAUCUGGCUCCUGGCACCCCCACCGGUCAGCAGUUUGAAUAGGUUAUGGCGCUUGUGCGAGUGCUUCUUCCUCUUCAGUUUACCAGUGCAGUCUCCUUUGUGGCUGUGACGCAGUGUAAUUACAACUGCUCCGUCCCAUUAAUUUAAAUGGGAUGGCCAGUAAUUAUACUGCACCGCCGCUACAAAGUAGACUGUGUGCUGGUGAACUGAAGAGGAAGAAGUACGAGCGCCACAACCCAUUCAAACUGCUGAUCGGCGCCUCUGUUGAGGAUUAUUGCAUCAACAAUAUAAAACAGAAAAGUCCUGCAUGCAGAACUGUUUAGACCAGUAAGAUGAGAGGCUCCCUAACAGGAACCCAACAAUCUGAUUGUAGUUAUUAGUGUCCGUCUGGCAGUGUUUCGGUUAUGUUGCGGAUCCAUAUUUUCUGUUAUUUUCGUAGCAGAACAGAGGAAAUCAUAAGCGCAAACGUGAAAGCGAUUUUUUCCAGCAAUAUGUUAACUUGUGUAAACUGUAAUCUUGUUUCCAUUUAAUUCCGUAGACCUUACUGAAGUUUCCAUCGCUCCAUGCCAAAACUUCUAUGAAACCCUAUCUGAAAGCAGCAUAUAGUAGGGGUAGAGAUGCUGAGCUCCGGUAUCUAUAGUUUACGAUGACUUAAAGGGGUAUUUUGGUUGUUAAAGAGGUUGUCUCAUCCCACCUCAUCCACACAGUUCGGAUCACAGUGCUGUGGCGCUCUGCUGUUUCAGUAGCUCUCAUUGCCAUGCACAAUAGGCUAUGCUGUCUCCCUCACUCAGAAAUGGCAUAGCUUGCUGUGCACAGCAAUGAGAGCUACUGAAACAGCAGAGCGCCGGAGCUCUAUUGUCGGAACUGUGUCUCAUCUCGCCUUAGUAACGACGGGAUGAGACAACCUCUUUAAGUUAUCCUUAACCUGAAACAAAUGGAUGACUUAUUUCCACAGACUUCACCAUUAGGAAGAAAUAACUAAUUUCAAAAAUGUGGGGGGGGGAACCUCUAAGAAAACACUUGUCAAAAACGCAUGAUAUUCUUGAUGUUUUGUCCGUGGCAUUUGUCUCAGGUUAUUUCCAUAGGCUUCUCCAUAGGAAAUAAAAAGAACCAAUGUCAAAACUGUGAGACUAAAAACCACUACUAAAACACUUGGGGGAAAAAACACAAAAUUAUUGCAGUUUUUUUUGUAAGACAAUAAAAUUGCAUGUGAAGAAAGCCAAAUAGGAAAAAUUCUGUUUUCGGCAGACAUGUCCUUUAGAUCUUACUGAAGUUUAUAGGGGUUGGCCGGUUUCCUGUAUUGAUGACCUAUCCUCAGUCAGCUCUUUGAAUAGACUGCAGCACUUGUAUGAGCGCUUCAGUCUUUCACUGUUUACCUGCUCACCGUCGACAUUGCAGCGGUGAGCAGGUGUAAUUGCAGCUCCCCCAUCCCAUUGACUUGAAUGGUAUAGAGCAAUUAUUGUUACAGUCCAUUCUGUCCCAUUGAGGUUAAUGGGACGGAGGAGCUGUAAUUACCCCUGCACACCACGGCAAUAUCUAUGGUGAGCAGGUAAAUAGUAAGGAGAACACAGCACUCCUGUCUCUAAAAACCGCUGAUUGGUGGGGUGCUGGAAGUCGGAACCCUGCUGAUCUGAUAAUGAUGACCUAUCUCAACUGUGCCUAGGCCAUGCGACUGAACGUGAUGUCACUGGCCUAUUCAAACAGCUGAUUGGCAGGGGUGCCGGGUGUCGGACCCCCCCACCCAUCUGAUAUUGAUGACCUAUCUUGAGGAUAGGCCAUCAACUUUAUUCCCAGAACACCCCUUUAAUUUUUGGGACAAGUAAGGUUAUUUUUACACUUGCGUCAGAGGAUUCCGGCAGGAAGUUCCGUCGCCGGAACUGCCUGCCGGAUCUGGCAAUCUGGACACAAACGGAUGGCAUUUGAAAUGCAUUGAAAUACUGGAUCCGUCUCUCCAGUGUCAUCAGGAAAAACAGAUCCGGUAUUAAUUGGUCUGCGCAUGUGUGGACCGAAAGAAUGGAUCAGUCAAUUCGGCAAGUGUUCAGGCACUAAUACAUUUCAAUGAAAAUUAAUGCCGGAUCCGGAACAUGCUGCGGUAUUUUCACUGGCCAAAAAACGUAAGAGGGACUGAACUGAUGCAUCCGGAACGGAAUGCUCUCCAU